ACACCCAGAACAGUGCUGAAAGGCAUCUCUGACUGGAAAACCGACUGGCGAAUCCAAAUAACUUUCCUGCGACUUCACGACCAUUCCCUGCGACGCGCUGAGACAUUGGAAAGAAAAUGCACAGGUCAUCCGUUCGUCUCCUAUCUGUACUUCUAUUUCGCACAGGUUUUGCACGCGCGGCCUCGUAUACUACAUAAUAAGAUUGAAUUUCCCACUGACAGCACAAGUUGUGUGACAAAGCCAUGUGAUGUUAUCGAGCCGCUGCCACGACAUGCGACAACGAGGCACCACCACGUGUGUGCAGCAGGAUCCUGGUAUCACCGGGAUCUCGGAAGCUACAGCACCGCACCUCAACAGAGGAGCCCCGGCUUGUAGCCUUCCAGACGAGCUCUACAAUAAAAUAUUCAAGAUCCAUGCCAACCCCUAUCCUGCAUUCAGCCAGAUUGUUACAUUUUCCCAUGUGUGUUCACGAUGGCGAUCGGCCUGCAUAUCCACACCUUCUCUAUGGUCACACAUCCAGGUUGCGUUUCCGUUUCAACGUGAAGGACGAUUGACCGAAAUUAGGGCAAGACUUGAGAGGUCGACAGGAUCACUCUUGGACGCGGAACUUGGCUUCGAUUCCGAGUAUAUUGAUCAAGCUUCCAUAGACGCAGUUAUCUCCAUGUUAAGACCACACCUCACUAGAAUCAAGCGUCUCAGGAUCUCGGGGAAGUUUUGGGGAAACAAACUUUUCCUUUCUUGUUUUCCAUUGCCAAAAGGAAUGGACCACUUAGAGUACCUCAGUGUUGAGCUCAUUAUAUACGAUCACAUUGCCCCAUGCGAUAUCACAGGAAUCUGGAAUCAAGCCGAAGACGUUCUUCCCUCACUUCGCACAUUCAAUCUUGAUGUCUACUCCUUCCGAAUGGUACCACCAUUCCUAUUAACACCUGUCAAGCUUCCGUCCCUCCGUAAUUUGAGUGUUGUUGGUGCAGUUCCUGCAGAAGCUAUCUCGUUCCUCGUUGAUGAAUCCAAAGACAAACUCGAAGCGUUGGUCUUACGUGCGCCCUGGGGAACAGGAAUUAGCACCAUCAUCAACUCCCCUCUCCCAGCCCCCAGAUUGCGAGAAAUCCAGAUUGGUUAUCUCAGUUUGAUGAACUUUCAUUCCGUCGACUGGUCCACCCAGGUCCUUGAACACGUAUUAUCUAUUGAAUUCGUGGACAACGGCUUGACCAAUAUUGGGAUGCAUCGCGAUUAUGUCACAGUGCUGAACAACUUCCUGGAUCACGCCUGUUUCCCUUCUCUAAGGAAAUUCUUCAUCCCUGCCACCAGGGGCUAUCGAGACUCCAGCUUAGUUUCUUUCUUGGAAAGACACAUGGAUCUUUUGCACUUCGGCAUGUACAUUCAGGAAUAUCUUGCCCACCGUUUUACCAUUCGCUCAAUAACGGGUGCCCUUGCCCGAUCGACCUCAAUGUUCGGGAAGCUUCAGCUAAUCACGUUUAUUGGCUUGCGCCCACCCUUUAACACCUUCGCAACCGACUUUCUUGAACUCCUCCAGGAAAUGAUGGAGAGGGUGCAGGAGAGAGGUCGUAGCCCAUCGGCUAGCUCUGUGGAUGUCCCGUGCCUCAGUGACAGCAGAAGGAGCAUAAACACAGUGCCUUUCAAGAUAACAAUAAAAAUUCGCACGUGGGAUUCAACAGGCGUGUGCCAUGAACUGAUCAAGCUGGCUGCCACCUACCCUUCCAAUUUAGUUAUCGAAGUAAUCCCCAAGCUCCACAUGCGCCCUGACUCAUUCGAGUUUUAAUCCCGAUAACAGCCCAGUUUUGCUUGCCAAUCACAAGAUAUCAUUUGUACGGAUUCUCUCACCAACUCUCGUUUCACCAGAUUGUCCAGGCUUCAAUUAACCAGCCUGACGGACGCCUAUGACACACGAAUAACUCGCAUCUUGUAUAUUGCUGUGUAAAUGAUCCCAACACUUGACUUUCAGCGGCGCAGCGCUGCUUGGUGUUGGGGU